AUGUUUUCAGGUGGGGAUGAAGCGCGUGUCGCGAGGGCGAGAGGAAGCGGACGCGGAGCAUUACCGAGCCCCAUCCUCGCUAAUGGAACGCUCUCGUCGAGAGUGUCACCACCUCGCGCGGGCUGGGCAGUGCGGACUACCGAGGCGACACUUACCCCAACGUCAAGUCAGCGUCCAUCGGUUCCAGAUACAUCGUCGACGUCCGUCGAACGAUGGGCUAGCGAGCGGACGGCACCGGUUUGGUCGGGUCGUGCCGCAGCGUCGUUGUCAGCAGCAGCAGCAACGGCAACAAACACACGAGGAGAAUCGUUCUCCGCAGCGGAUCGAGGACCAGCUAGCACAGCUGGUAUCCGUCUCGAGCAUCGUCGGAUCGAGGAGAGGAAGGAGUUGGAGGCGACGAAGAAGGUGGAACAUUGGCAACAGCAACAGUGUCAGGAUCAACAGCAGCGACGUCAUCUCCAGACGUCAGCAGCGACGCAAAGUCCAGGAGCAGCAGGACGAUUAGAAUUGAGCGGUCGGCCGAUGUCGCGUAACGAUGCGAUAUCGCCGCUCACGCGGCCUCCCUCCUCGCGAACAAACAUUACCGGGGACGGCAACGACGACUGUAUCAGCGGCGCCGGCGAAGACGCGGCGGACUCGCGUCUCGUCCAUAUCGAGACGCGCGUACAUGAUCACAGUCGGCCGUUUCCGCCGCCGCGGUUGCCGCUCGUGCACAUGACGACGAUGCCGUCCGUGCCGCCACCGCCACCGCCACCACCGGCGUCGCAAUCGGUACCCGGGUCUCCGACGCUCCGCGUCGCGCCUCUCACCAUGCCUCUGACGCCGUUAUCGAGUUCCUUCCGUAGCAGGCCGUCCCUGCGUCGCCCGCAGAAUGUAGAGACGUCACCGAGCGACGCGAAUUCCAGGAGUCUGCUGUCACCUUCGUCCACGGACACGACGAUAACGGCGAUAACGACGAUCGCAACGUCGCCCAGGAGUCCGAUCGGCGAGGUGAGCCUUGCCACGCCACGACCGGAUGGCGAGAGGACCAUCAACGAGUACGUCGAGACGCCGUUCAAGAACUCGCGUUGCAGUCAGGAACGACGCCUCGAUGCCGAUAGCAAGACGGCCGGCGACUGUCCGAAGAACGAGAGGAGGCAUCAUCAUCACCACCACCAUCAUCACCACCAUAGAGGUCACGAUGAUUCCACGGUGGUGCCAACGCAUCGGGGACGCGGUCGUGCGAGGAAUCAAAGUCUACGCGGUUUCAGCGGUUCGGCAACCGGUGGUUCUCCUGUCGCCACGUCGACGAACACGGCGGCAGCGAAUGCCGUCACGAAGCAGCCGGUCUCCUUCACCAAGGAACCGGCCAACACGCUUGGCACGAGGGCCUACGAUCCGGCUGGCCUAUCGAUCAUAUGCGAUUUUUGCGGUAGAUGCCGAUGCGAAUCGUGCCGGGAACCACCUCCGCUGCCUAGUAAGUGGCUCUGUGACAAUACGUGCCUCUGCUCGGCAGAGACCGUCCUAGAUUACGCAUCGUGCCUGUGUUGCGUCAAGGGUCUCUUCUACCACUGCGUGGAUAGCGGCAGCGGCGGUGGCGUCGAUAGCAGCAUGGACGGCGAGGCCGCGACGAGUUGCGCGGACGAGCCGUGCUCUUGCACCGGUAACCGCAUGGCAUCCAGAUGGGCCUGUCUAGGCGCCCUAUCCCUGGUGAUGCCCUGUCUAUUGUGCUACUGGCCUCUUCGGGGUUGCGUUACCCUCUGCGAGGCUUGUUACGCGCGUCAUGCUGCACAAGGCUGCCGGUGUAAUCCAAAUGCGACCGGUAGCAGGCAUCAUCCCAUCACCAGCGAUAUUGGAGACUCGAGGGACCCGGAGAAGAGGCUGUUGGAUCCGGUCACGCCGGAGCUUUGAGCGGAAACCUAUCCACACGUGGAAGAAACGCCGCGUGUUUCCUCAAUGAUCAGAAGAUCAAGAAAUUUAGAAACAUAGGGCCCCGCCCUGAUGGACAUAUUGGACGUGUGUGGGGGUGGGGUCAGAGGGAGCAAAAGUGAAUUACAUCAAGUACAAGAGUUGCAUUUAAGUCGAGGAGAACGAUAUCGGAUUUUGACGAACUUGUACGUUUGACGUCGCGAAUGUCUUUAUUUAUUAUUCUUCCAUGAAAUGUGCGUAUGUGUGCGAGUACUUGUGUGUUUACGUCUUGAUGCGUUUCUGCGUGAGAGAGAGAGAGAGAGAGAGAGAGAGAGAGAGAGAGAGAGAAUAUGAGAGAGAGAGAGAGUGAGUGAGAGAAAGAAAGAAAGCAGUGUACGAAAGAGGCGAAGAUGUGCCUGUACGCGCGUGUGUUUGUGCGUGUUUUUGCGUGCGCGAACGGUAGAGAGGAAUGAAGUACGCGGAGUAGCGUAUCGUCCAGACAUACCACUUACGCAUAGAUAACUCUAUACAUAAUGAAUUAUACGCAUUGUACCACGCGCCGAGCGAAAUCGAACGAAUGGUAAUAUAUCGGGGUCU